CUGUCUCAUACCUGCGUAUCUCUUCUGGAUAGUAUAUAAUAAGCUCUCUGUUGACGCUCUCAUCUUCUCCGAGGUCUCAGCCCAAUCGCAUGGCGUGGCCAACUUCGAUCCUACUACUAGGCUAGCUAGGUGUUUCGACACACUCGGGACCCAACAGUACCUGACAGCUCUACAGAAUAUCAAAGUUCCAUUCCUUCACGUUCUUACAUCCAUAAUUCAAGCGCCUUCGCUCAGCGCUUAAUUGACUGACAGCCUGGGCUCACGGAAUAUGACAAAGAGGCACGGAUUUUUUGCGUGUCUUCGAUACGUCCUAGUUCAAACUGUAUAUGCAGCUUUCAAAGCAUACAAAAUGUUGAUCGUCUUCUAUUCUGUCUGUCUUGAUGCUCUAGUACGACUUGCCUUCUUGUUAUAAGACCGUCGCCGUCCGUGUCUUAUCAUCUUCCGAUUCACGAUGAAGUUGCUUGCCCUCGCUCUCGCCUCUGUCUCCAGCGCUGCUGCAGCUAGUAUCUCCUCUCGUGCGACCCAAGCGAGUAGUGUCGGGAUGCUCUACUGCACCGAAACGGACUUCACCGGUAUCUGCACCCAUGCUACUAUAGGUGCAGGCACUUGCGUCACCUUCGCUCCUGGUGGUACCUUCUACCAGACCAUCUUGUCUGUGCGGAACGACCCCGAGAAUUUUUGCACCGUUUUUUCAGGAGUUAAAUGCACUGGUGACUCUUUGGACAUCGAUGAGGGAUACAGCGACUUGUCUACAGUUGGUUGGAAUAACACGGUGGCGGCGUACAUUUGCGAUAGGAACUUCGGUUAAGUAGGCCUUGUUGUGAGGUCCGGGCAUAUUUACUGGCUAGCGUAACUUGUCUCCUCAGCCGGCUGAAGUUGCAUACUUCAGAUUUAAGUUGUCCAUGGAGUGUUCCGUAAUGCAAUACACUACUGUGAUUACUACCUGCUUUUGUCUUUAUCGAAAUACAUGCGUUUGGAUCUACAUCA